UCGAAGUAUCAGUAUUCGAAUAGAAGACGCGCAUUAGACUCCCAAUUUUUUGUUCCACUAUUCCAGAAAAUGAAUUCAGUGUUCAGUUUGAUCCUCCUCCUUGGGGCCACGACUAGUGUUUUAUCAGUGAAUAUAGACAAUGACUGGUGGAGGCAUGCGAAUAUUUACGAGCCAUAUACACCUUCGUUCAAAGAUAGUGAUGGAGACGGAAUUGGCGAUAUCAAUGGUCUAAUUUCCAAACUAGACUACUUGGUCGAAAUUGGAGUGGAUACUAUUCAUCUGCCACCAUUUCAUCCAUCUGGCGGCAUUGAUGGAGGUUAUGAUAUUACUGAUUUCUACGAUAUAGAUCCUAAAUAUGGAAAAAUUGGAGAUUUCAAACGUCUGACAGAGGAAAUGAAAGAAAGAAAUCUAUAUUUGCUUAUGGAUUUGGUAAUAAAUCACACUAGCUGGGACCACGAAUGGUUCAAAAGAUCUAUACGCAAAGAAACAGUGAAUGGAAUCGAUUACACUAACUGGUUCGUAUGGGCCGACUCAAAAGGUGACGAUAAAGAUGGAAAACCAAUUCCACCAAAUAAUUGGUUUUAUUUACUUGAUUAUGACAAAGCUGGCUCAGCGUGGACUUGGAAUGAUGACAGGAAACAAUUCUAUUACCACGUCUUUAUGAACGAACAGCCGGACUUGAAUUUGAGAAACGAAGACGUCAAGAAUGAAAUAAAGAAUAUAAUGAGAUUCUGGCUAGAUAGAGGAGUUUCUGGAUUCCGUGUAGAUGCACCCAUGGUUUUCAUGGAAGACCCUGACCUUAAAAAUAACCCACCAGUCGACCCAAAAACACCACCAAUAUUGAUUUACGAUGCAGUUCCAGAAACCGCUAAUCAUCCUGACACGUUCCCGUUCAUCAAAGAAUUGAAUGAAUGGAUUCGAGAAUAUGAUCGAGAAACCCACAGAGAAAACUACACGCCUAUGAUUGGGGAAAUAUGGGGAUCGGUUGAAAACCAAAUGAAAUACUUCGAGGACCCGAAGGAUGGUCAUCCAAUGAUCGAUAUGCCAUUCAAUUACAUCAUCACUAGAUUGACUAAAUAUUUAAAUGCUGAAAAAUUUAUCGAGCUUUUGCACAGUUGGAUAGACGAGCUGCCGAAAGGCAAACCAUCAAAUUGGGCAUUGGGUAAUCACGAUAGUAGAGGCAGAAUCGCGUAUUGGUUUAACGAAGAAUAUAAUUAUAUCUUACUAGCAGUGGUAUCCAUGUUACCCGGUGCCUCGACAGUAUACUAUGGUGAAGAACUGGGUAUGUCGAUUAAUAAAUCAUUUACAGGAAAAGAUCCGACGAACAGAGAGUGGGUUCGUACACCAAUGCAGUGGGAUGAUACAAAAAAUGCAGGAUUCACCGAUGCUGACAGGCCAUGGGCUCCAGCACAUCCCAAUUAUUGGCGGAUCAACGUCGGUGCUCAGGAAACAGACGAGAACAGUUCAUUGAAAUACUUCACGAAUUUAAUGACCAUAAGAAAAACUGAUUUGGGAAAAUACGGUGAUUUGGAGUUUCAUACUUUAUCAGAAUGGGUAUUCGCUUUUUCAAGAACUCACCAGAAAUCCGAGACCAGUUACGUUGUUUUGUUGAAUUUGGGAUCGUACUAUGAAACCGUCAAGUUGAAGGAAAUUAUUGUUAAAAAUGAUGAGGAAACUUUAAACGUACUUUUCUCCAGUCCUAAUUCGCUCUACAAAGCAGGCACUACAAUAAGAUCGCCAGGUUAUGACCUUGAACUUAGACCUCAUUCCGUUAUUAUUUUCGAGCACAAGCGAAGCUGGGCAUUAAAGGCAAAAACAGAAGGUGCCAGCUCUGUACCUCCAUCUCACCACAUAAUGUGAAUUGAAGUAGGUAUUAUAAGACAUGGUUUUUCCUAACGACGGCUGCGUUAGGUUUUUUAGUCCAGUCUUGAUUGAGUCAUGAAUGAUAAUUGAUAACAUAGUUUGUUUUAUUUUAUGAACAGCCGUGUAAAAAUAUAAAUUCUUGAUUUCGUU